CAUUCAACAGACGCGGCUGAUUGAAAGUAAUUAUAGUAAGAAGGAGCGCACAAGCCCCCUUCAGAGGCAGCAGCGCUAGUGAAAACUCUGUUGUCUAGUUAAGGUUAUUAGUAUUACCUGGUGCUUUUUAAAUGGGACAAUAGCUUCCCUACUCUAGUACAUAGGCGUGUAAAGCCGUGUAUAGUUGCUACGUUUUGUGCAUUUUAGCAAUUGUUUGCUGUUUUAAGAGAAGAAAUUAUUUUUGGCUUAUUAGUAGCAGGAUAUUUUGAAGAAUGCUCCGGAAUAAUUCUUAUCUGGUGUCUAAUAAAGCCAUGCCUGCUUAUCUACAAUCCUCCGAGUUUUACAAAAAUAGCGCACCAAUUUUGGGCGAGCACCGAAUAUCCCAAGCACCAGCCAGGAGUGUGCUAGGAGUUCUGAAUGCAAACGAACAGUACAGACAGCCUUGCAAGCAGGAAACAGUUGGCUACAAAUUCACCAGUCACACUUCUGGACUUCAAAAUGUGCGUGCUUUUGGGAAAAGCACACUGUCAAAUGCUUCAAAUCAUGUGCCUGCUUUUCCAGCAAAGCCUGCGUUCCUCAUUUAUGAGGAUGAAUCUGAGGAAGAGAAGGAAAAUUCAUUCAGCAGUACCACCACAGAGAGAGAAACUAAAGUUAAUGACGUUGAACUGCACUCUGUGAAGCAGGGAUUUUCCUUGGUCCUGGAUCUUAGUGAAGGUUCCCCAAUGUCUGUGGAUACCUCUCUUCAGUCCCUGUCUGAAGAUAUGGAAUGUCCUGUAGAUGUGUUGGCUGUAACAGAAUAUGCAGACGAUAUUUAUUGGUACCUUAGGGAUGCAGAGAUGAAGUCUAGACCCAAAGUUGCUUACAUGAGGAAACAGACUGAUAUUACUGAUUCAAUGCGUACUAUCCUGGUGGACUGGCUUGUUGAAGUUGGAGAGGAGUACAAGCUAAGAAGAGAAACGCUGCACUUGGCUGUUAACUAUUUAGACAGGUUCCUUUCAUUCAUGUCUGUUCUGAGAGGGAAACUUCAACUGGUUGGAACAGCAGCAAUUCUCCUGGCUUCGAAAUUUGAAGAGAUCUAUCCACCAGAAGUUGAUGAAUUUGUUUACAUUACAGAUGAUGCCUACACAAAGCAGCAGCUAUUAAAAAUGGAACAUCUACUCUUGAAAGUCUUAACGUUUGACUUGGCUGUUCCAACAGUUAAUCAGUUCUUGGCAUCUUACCUGAUGAGGCAAGAAGUCUGUAGCAAGACAGAAAACCUGACAAUGUAUAUAGCUGAACUGAGUUUGCUGGAAACUGAUCCCUUCCUGAAGUAUGUUCCUUCAGUAACUGCAGCUGCUGCUUACUGCCUUGCAAACUACAUGGUGAAUGGGGCAUUCUGGCCUGACUCGCUUGCUACCUUUACGGGGUACUCCUUAAGUGAAAUUGCCCCUUGCUUAAGUGACCUGCACAAGGCAUGCCUUAAUGCUCCACAUCAAACCCAGCGUGCGAUAUGGGAGAAAUACAAAACAUCCAAGUACAUGAGUGUGUCACUGAUGGAAGCACCAACAUUCCUCCCAAUUUAAUUGACGCAUGGCAUUGGAGCAUUUUAUUUAACUGCUGCUUUUAAUCCAGUUUGUACAGUUGGUCCUAUAUGAGCCGUAAAGUAUAUCUGCAGGUCUUGGGUUACUGCUGCAGAUGGGCAUUUCAUGAACUCUGAAGUCUCUUGAAGACCAGCCUUUGCACUUUUGUUUUUAGACAUGCUGAAUGUAUUUAUUUUUUUAUUGCACCAUGUAUACAGACUUGUAGAUAUUGACAAUAAACUGUUGCAAGUUUUACAAGA